UAUUGUUUAGGCUUUGUGGGCUACUUAGGGUAUUUGCUACAUAUUCUUUAUUGCUUUUCAUGACCCAUUAAGCAUACAAAAACCAUCCUCUGUCCUAUACAAACAGGCCUUUGGGGGAGUGAGGAUGAGGAAGGGAAGGUGGGGCAUGGUUUAAUAACCCUUGGGCCAUGCCUGGAUGAUCAGUCUUCUGCUGCAUAGCUGGCUGACCUUUGCCAAGCUAAUCACCUUUUGCCUUUAUUUUCUCCUGUUUCUCAUAAAACAGAGAUGAUAAUAUUCAUACUUCUUACCAUAUAGGACUUCUAUGAGGAUUCAGUGAGCUAAGCCACAAAAGAUUGUUUAUCAUAAUGUCUGGGACAUAGCUAGAAUUUAUAAUUUAUUUUCAUUAAUAGUAGUACUACCAACUACUGGUUACUCUAUUGAUAGGCAAGGGGAAAACAGUAAGAGGCAGACCACCAGAGAUCCAAGACUCUGAAAGCUAAUUGCUUCAAGAUCCUUCUACCAUUUUCUUUGGGGCUGCUUGCAAAGAAGAAUCCUUUGACUGAAGCAUAUAUGUACACUCUGAAGUACAUCCUGGGUUAGUCCCUUAUAAGGGAUCGGGAUCAUUGCUCAGCCUUUCCCUUGAAUGGCACUUAGAAAAUGGUGCUAUUUGUAAGCUGACUGGUAUUGGGUCUAGGACUCAGGCUGAAGGGGUGGGCAUACUGGAAACCAUUUGAAACCUAUGCUCAGGUCCUACUUGUUGGGAAGCCUGAUUGAGAAGUGUGGCCUGAUUUGUGCUAGUAUUAGAUAGGAUCUGGCUGCAUUAAUGUUGAAACUACUCUGCCUUUUAAUGUCUCAUUUUGCCUCAUGGUGGGAGUGAAAGUGAGAACCACAGAAAAUCUGCCUGCCAGGUGUUCCACAUUUCUUGUGCUGCAGCACGCAAGUGAGCAGUGGGGUGUAGCUUCCCCUUAUGUAGCUGGGACAGCAAUACCACUGCUUGUUCCUCUGGCACGUCUUCUCUGUGCUGGUAUACCGAGAGAGGCUGCCUGGUGGCCCUGAGGGAGCCAUCUCGUCUCUAAACAGUGAUAAUGAAAGCUGGCCAUGCUCAAAUAAGAUGGGGCAAUCUAUCUGUUUCUUGUCUAGUUACCCUGAGGGGGCAUCCACUUUCUUGCUCACCUCACCAGUUGCAUGCUGUAGUCCUUGCCAGAAGCACAUAAUAAUGACUUUGUAAGCUUAAGUUACAAGCACACAAAAGUGCCCGAUAGUGAUAUAACUCCACCCUUCGCUUGAGUUUUUGCUGACAUUGAGUGAAAUAUCUUUCUGCCUCCUCCCUCCCUCGCAAAACAAACUUCCUGUUUUGCAUUUGGUCCAAGCUGGAACAGCCCCACUACACCUGUUAACACACGCAGACACACACUUCCCCCUGCAUAUUUGCUUAGCUUCUUGUUGCCUAGCCAGAUUUCCUCUCAGCUUACAGACCCCGAAUCAUAAGAUAUUGAACCAGCAAAUUGAAGAGUUGACAUUUUAUUUAGAGCUAUUCAAGUGGAAACAUGGCUUCUGGUUUAUUUUUCUGUAUUGCGCUGUGACCACUUUGCUAAUUGUUCUUCUCCUUCACAGCAGAAUGGAAGAGAGGAAAGGAAAUCAGCUGACACAGGAGCCAGAGUGAGACCAGUGGACUCUCACACUCAACUUACACCAUGAAUUUGUGUCUAUCUUCAAUGCGUUAAGAGCCAAGGACAGGUGAAGUUGCUGGAGAGCAAUGGCUUUCUUUACUCCGUGGAAGUUGUCCUCUCAGAAGCUGGGCUUUUUCCUGGUGACUUUUGGCUUCAUUUGGGGUAUGAUGCUUCUGCACUUUACCAUCCAGCAGCGAACUCAGCCUGAAAGCAGCUCCAUGCUGCGUGAGCAGAUCCUGGACCUCAGCAAAAGGUACAUCAAGGCACUGGCAGAAGAAAACAGAAAUGUGGUGGAUGGGCCAUACGCUGGAGUCAUGACAGCUUAUGAUCUGAAGAAAACUCUUGCUGUGUUAUUAGAUAACAUUUUGCAGCGCAUCGGCAAGUUGGAGUCAAAGGUGGAUAAUCUUGUUGUCAAUGGCACCGGAACAAACUCAACCAACUCCACCACAGCUGUUCCCAGCUUGGUUGCACUUGAGAAAAUUAAUGUGGCAGAUAUCAUUAACGGAGCUCAAGAAAAAUGUGUAUUGCCUCCUAUGGACGGCUACCCCCACUGUGAGGGGAAGAUCAAGUGGAUGAAAGACAUGUGGCGUUCAGAUCCCUGCUACGCAGACUAUGGAGUGGAUGGGUCCACCUGCUCUUUUUUUAUUUACCUCAGUGAGGUUGAAAAUUGGUGUCCUCAUUUACCUUGGAGAGCAAAAAAUCCCUACGAAGAAGCUGAUCAUAAUUCAUUGGCGGAAAUCCGUACGGAUUUUAAUAUUCUCUACAGUAUGAUGAAAAAGCACGAAGAAUUCCGGUGGAUGAGACUACGGAUCCGGCGAAUGGCUGACGCAUGGAUCCAAGCAAUCAAGUCCCUGGCAGAAAAGCAGAAUCUUGAAAAGAGAAAGCGGAAGAAAGUCCUCGUUCACCUGGGACUCCUGACCAAGGAAUCUGGAUUUAAGAUUGCAGAGACAGCUUUCAGUGGUGGCCCUCUUGGUGAAUUAGUUCAGUGGAGUGAUUUAAUUACAUCUCUGUACUUACUGGGCCAUGACAUUAGGAUUUCAGCUUCACUGGCUGAGCUCAAGGAAAUCAUGAAGAAAGUUGUAGGAAACCGAUCUGGCUGUCCAACUGUAGGAGACAGAAUUGUUGAGCUCAUUUAUAUCGAUAUUGUAGGACUUGCUCAAUUCAAGAAAACUCUUGGACCAUCUUGGGUUCAUUACCAGUGCAUGCUCCGAGUCCUCGAUUCAUUUGGUACUGAACCCGAAUUUAAUCACGCAAAUUAUGCCCAGUCCAAAGGCCACAAGACCCCCUGGGGAAAAUGGAAUCUAAACCCUCAGCAGUUUUAUACCAUGUUCCCUCAUACCCCAGACAACAGCUUUCUGGGGUUUGUGGUUGAGCAGCACCUGAACUCCAGUGACAUCCACCACAUUAAUGAAAUCAAAAGGCAGAACCAGUCCCUUGUGUAUGGCAAAGUGGAUAGCUUCUGGAAGUUGUUUGUUGGACUUGGGUUCCCUUACGAGGGCCCAGCUCCCCUGGAGGCUAUCGCAAAUGGAUGUGCUUUUCUGAAUCCCAAGUUCAACCCACCCAAAAGCAGCAAAAACACAGACUUUUUCAUUGGCAAGCCAACUCUGAGAGAGCUGACAUCCCAGCAUCCUUACGCUGAAGUUUUCAUCGGGCGGCCACACGUGUGGACUGUUGACCUCAACAAUCAGGAGGAAGUAGAAGAUGCAGUGAAAGCAAUUUUAAAUCAGAAGAUUGAGCCAUACAUGCCAUAUGAAUUUACAUGCGAGGGGAUGCUACAGAGAAUCAAUGCUUUCAUUGAAAAACAGGACUUCUGCCAUGGGCAAGUGAUGUGGCCGCCCCUCAGCGCCCUGCAGGUCAAGCUUGCGGAGCCCGGACAGUCCUGCAAGCAGGUGUGCCAGGAGAGCCAGCUCAUCUGCGAGCCCUCUUUCUUCCAGCACCUCAACAAGGACAAGGACAUGCUGAAGUAUGAGGUGACCUGCCAAAGCUCAGAACUGGCCAAGGACAUCCUGGUGCCCUCCUUUGACCCCAAGAAUAAGCACUGUGUGUUUCAAGGGGACCUCCUGCUCUUCAGCUGCGCAGGCGCCCACCCCAGGCACCGGAGAGUCUGCCCCUGCCGGGACUUCAUCAAGGGCCAAGUGGCUCUCUGCAAAGACUGCCUAUAGCGGCCACCUGCUCAGCCCCGCACCAUGCUGCCGGGGAAGACAGUGCCCCAGCCCCGUCAGACAGGGCCAGGGGCAGAAGUCAUCCAGGGACUCUGGCAAGAGCCUGAACUUUUUGGUAGAAGGUUCUGAUUUGGUAUCUAUCGCUCCUGCUGCACUCUGAGCAGCCCAGUGGAGUCUUCACCAAAACAAAACGAGAGUGUAUGUCAGGCCGGGCGCCUGGCUUGCCCCUGGCACAACAUCAUUCCUGUUUCUCAAGGAGCAACUGUGGGAAGACUGUGUCACUGCAGCUGCUCCAGGGUAAAAGAAAGUCUCGAGAGUCCUUUAAAACAAAACAGGAGGAAUUGAGCUGAUGGGAGAGAACUCUGAAUGGGAACAUUCCUAAACCCAUUAACUUAUUUAUUUGGGUGGGAGGGAGGGGACCAAGGGAGGGAGAGGAGGGAUUGAUCACAGGCUUCUUUUACUUCCAAUGUUAAUCAUCCACCUUCACUAUACUGUUAUUCUGUCUGCUUCAAGCCGAGUGCCGGAGGGAGGCAGAGUGUGCCGUGGGGCUGGUGGUGUGCUCAGGAGCAGCCAUGGAGACCUGGCUGCUCAAAACGAUUGGCAGCAGAGCAAAAGAAACUCUCACUUUGGAAGCACAGCCAAAGUCCCCAGGGCAUUGUCAUAGAUGGCAGCCAGAGCAUGGGCUGCCUCGUUCGGGGGGAUGUGCCUGUGUUGUCCAGAGAGCCCAGCCAGGGACAGAAGAUGAGACGAGGCCCUUUUCCUCCAUGUCCCCAUGCCCAGACACAUUCCUUGGCCAUAAUUUCUUUUAGAAUCCCUUUAGGAAAGAAAUACGGGACUGAGGGAUUUUGGAGUUUCUGGUAAACUCCCCCUCCCUCUGGCCCCACUGUGAGGAGGCAAGUAGAGAUGAGGGACUCACGCGCUGCUCGUGGACUUGGAGAGGGUUGCCUUUGAGCAGAGAUUCGGACGGGAGUGAGGUCGGUCCUUAAAAACUUGUGGCAUGACCGGAGCUGGGCUCCUGACAGGUAGGUUUGUGUUGUGUCCCCUCUGAUGGCACCAAAGUCCAGGGAAGGGGGCUCUUGAUGUCUGCUGGGGGAGCGGGGGCGGCUCGAGAUGAAUGCAGUGCACUGUCCUGGCUGCUUACCUGAGGGUGUGGCUCAAAGUGGGAAUCUGGUGCUGGCUUUUCCUUCAGGCAGGAUUACUCUGACUUGUUGAGUAACCAGUCAGCAGGUAGGCCUGGUCAGACACACUGGACCUCACCUUCCAAACCCUGGACCUCCCCAUGCUCUGCCUCUGUGUAAGUUUCCAUCCCCUCUGAAUUGUCGCCGCCAUGCUCUGUACAAGCUUGUAAGUUUCUGGAAAGCCUCUGACAUCACCGUGCUGAUGCAAGUGAACCCCAUUCUGCCUGAUGUGAGCACUUGGCAUUAUCCACCUGGCCCCUUCUGAGUGCCUUGGUCACUCAGUGAUGUGCUUCGUGCCGGGGCUUCCAAGCACCAUGUCUGCUAACAGAGGGCAGCCUGGUGGAGCCUCUGCCGGGCAGAGCUGUUGGGCAAAGCUUAAUGGCUGGUGGGAUUUCAGAAUGUGAGGGAAAGGAAGAAUUCUGCUUCAUGGAGACCAGAGUUAGUGUGGGGCCUUUUAAGUCUUGUGAAGUUACGUUCUUCUGCUUUCUCAGUUGCUACACAAAUGUGCAGCCAUCCUUUUUUCUUAGGCCCACUGAGACCCCUGCUCAGUGGGUCUGAAUUGUACCUCGUUUAAGAGAAUAGAGGAGGGAGGAGACACCCUGGGUCUCCUCCACUCCUUAGGCGGCCCCUGCACACAUCUGCCAGGGAGAGUACCAUGGCGGGGGCGGUGGGGGAGCUCUGCCCUGAGCGCCAUCAUGGGGGUACCUCUAGACCUGGCUGAGAAUAGCCUCUGCUUGGGUCUAGCAAGAAGGGCGGAAGUCCAAAGGAAACCUUGUUGGUGACUGUGUGUAUGUGUAUGAGCGCGUGCAUUUCUUUAAGCUUUGCAAGGGCAGUUUCCUGGAGUAGGAGGGCAGAUGACUGCUAUCCUUGCUGUGAGGAAGAGCUUUUCCUUGUGAACGGGCCUCUUGGCUUUAGGGUGUGGGCAUUUGCUAGAGUACCCCAACCUGCAAUCCCUGGGCCAGCGCCGCCCUCUCCUGGGGUCUUCCAGGAGCCGUGAACACUGCGGAUGUCAAUGCAAGCAUCUGACCAGCAGGGGGAGCCUGCAGGCUGAGUGAAGUUUAACCCACUUGGCCUUUGCUGCUUAAGCAAGAAAGCUGAAAAGUAACUUUAGCUCCGCCUUGUGUCCCAGAAGCUGCAGGGAUCACUUGCUGGCCGUCCCUAAGUUCAAGGCCUCCCUACCUUCCUUUCUUUUCCAAGUCAUGACUCUACCCUCCAAGGUCAGGCAGCCCGGAACAGUACUUUUCUCCCAUUUAAAAAUCCGUCUUUCGUCACCCCAAGUCCAGCAUUGGCUGGAACUGAGCCGGAAGUCCACUGGCAGGGCAGCUGCUCUUGGAGCAAACAGGCCCACACUGCAGUUGUUUAGGGCGUUAUCUGAAGAGUCAGUGACCCCUGAGUGUGUACUGGCUCCCAGCCCGCCUCAGACUUGGCCCAGGUGUGGUCAGUGAUCCUGGAGAGAAGUGGGACGGGGCUUUCAUCAGCCCUGCAUGGAAGAGGAGAGGAAGGUGCCAGUGACCGCUGGGUGGGAGCCUGUGGAGGGUUUGCCGUUGCUGAUCUUGAUAGAAUCCUAAACCGAUCUAAACUGUUGAUAACAGUUCCGUGGGGAGAGAAAUCGUAAGUCAUGAUUAAUGUUUUUCAGCACUAUAAUCAUAUCUUGCCUAGUGUUUUGGAUUAUUUUCCCCAUUGUGAUCCUAAGCUCUUAAAAAACUUGAGGGAAAACACUUAUCUAAUUUACGAAAAAAGAAAGCUUUCCAUUGAAAGGUAAAUACUUUCAGGAGUAAAAAGACUUCUUUGAAUGCCAGUAAACACCUCAUUUAUUUUGUGUAUGCAGUUUGAUUUGCACAUGUAUAAAUGAAGAUGCUUUUUUUUUUCAUUUUUGCUUGGAAUGGAUUUUUGUCACUGCUCAUUUAGUUUGCUUUUUUGUGUGUUCGCUGUGCGUUUGGAGAUACUAGUCUGUUUCGUUGGUGAUAUUUGUUUCCUUGAUGUGCCUUUUCACUUUUCUUUGAGGUUUUUGGAAUCUGGAUGCUGUUGAAGGGCAAUAGCAGACUCCUCCAGCUAAGAGACAGGACGUGUCCUUGGGUCACUGUGGCUGUUCAGGCUGGACAGCAGAAGCUCCCUGCAACCCCCCUGCCAGGCCAUACUAUGUAUGCAUCCACCCCCAGAGGAGGGUGUGAAGCCUUGAGAACCUCAAGAAAAGGCUGGAUUCUGCCAUACCUUCUGGUCUGCCUUGGGACUGCUGGUUGCCAGUGUGCCAAGUGACCUGUGUUCCCUGCCACGACGCACUUGCUGAGGUGUGGCUGAGGCAGAAGCAUGUGAGCGGGUGCAUCCAAGGAGUUCAAGGCCCUGCUUGGAGAAGAAAUACUUGAACUAGUUAGCAUCAUGAAAGGGAAAGGACGUGCACCCCUUUUUUGUUUCCUUAGUGAAUGCAAGAUUUAAUGAAGGUGAAUAAUGAGCUUCCCCUUUGGGAGUGGAGCCCAGUACAACUCACUGGCAGGGUUUAACAUCAGUAUGAUGUGUUGGACUGAAACUGCGUGUCUAUAGGUAGGUGUGUGCUUUCUAGAGCAGACCAAGGUGGCCACCCCAUUUCUCCAAGGUGGUUUACCUAGUGUGUGUAUAUAAUUAGACAUUGCCACCCUCCCCUCUGGCCAAAAAUUCUUGAUUUAAAAAAAAAAAAAAAGGUAUUUUGUUAACGACAGGCUGUGUUAUAUGUGUUACUAUCCCAAGCCUGGAUUAUUUUAUUUAUUUAAAAGUAUUUUAAAUUCCCUAUUGGCUUUAUUCUAAUCCCAUUCGUCCCUGUGGGGCUGCAGAGCAUCUUCAUGUGAGUAGAUGGAUGGACAGAAAUAGAUUCAUGCUCAUUUAGGAAGCUGGGAGUUUGGUGAAGCUGAGGGUGAGUUCCUGUGAUUCUUGUUGGCUUCAACAAAAAGUGGGAGACAAAGUUUUUAUAGCAAAAGACCAAAUUAGCUGUAGAGUUUCGAAUGCAGAAAAAAAUUACCCUAGCUUUCUUAGCAUUUAGGGUUUUGUGAGGAUUCAGUGUUUAGCACAGUGCUUGGCACAUAGUAAGCCCUAGUAAAUGUUGAGUAUUGUCAUUAGUGUUUCCUAAAACUUGAGAAAUAAAGAGCUGAGCUCAUUCCCUUCCUGUUGAUUCAAAAAUGAUAGCUACAUGAAAACAUGAUUCCAAGUUGAUUGAAGGUUGUAGAAUUACUGGUUUAGAGUAUUCCUAGUUCUGGGCCUACCCUGCUGGUUGGCAUUUUACUGUAUUCUUGAAUGUACUGGUUUGAAAAUAUGCCAGGCUUCAGCCCCCAAGGAAACAAGGCUGCAAGAAUUUAUGAACUCCAGCUGGAAAGGGUAAAGGUGACCUUUGGCCAGCCACAUACCGGACCCUGUCCCACUGAUGUCUUUCAGAACAUUCCAGGGGUUUUCUUCAAGGAACAUUUUUGAGCUAGAAAUUGAAAUGUGUUCUCUGACAGACUGCGCCCCUUGAGUCAAAGUUAACAGUAUUCCUUUGCAGUAAUGGAGGCUUGACUGUGUUAAGGGGGAAUGACCGACCGUUUGAACUUACGCAUGCCUCAAGCGGGUCCUUUCGCUGCCCCCUAGGGGCUAGGGUGGCCCCUCCUGUCCUCAGGGAUCGGACUCCCAGGCUGGUUAGCUCUGCAUGUUUCCAUCAAAUGAAAGGUUGUUCCCUGGCCUGGUCCCAGAGAAAACCCAACCCCACCCUGCCAGAUGGGGGCGAUGGGGCAGGGGUUUUGGCCUCUCAGAACAGCUCCUAGAGGCUGCUCACAGUUGAACGAUGUUUUCCCAAACCACCUAAAUAUCAGUUUGCUUUUUGUUUUGGGAGAUUAGCCUUUUACUUCCCCGGUGGGUUGAAAGUUUUAUCUCUUUAUCUCCUGCCCUGUCUUGGCACAACUCUGGAUAGAUUGCAGGUGUGGAAUUUGCUGGAGUUUGGUGUCUUUUUCAAAUUCCUUUGGAUUCUCUUCAGCCAAAUCAGCAGUCUCAUAGUCUUAUGGAUGCAGUGAUUGAUUGAUUGGAAUUUCCCGUCUGCAAAGCGUCUCUCUGGCCCAGGUUUUGUGGAGCCUUAAGACACUCCCUCCUUGCCACCCUGACCCCACAGCUGGAGAACCCUGUGCUUAUGUGGUGGGUAGGGCCACUGUUGAUGGUGGGGACGGGGUGGGUACUUAGAGGAUCUGUGGUGCUGGAGGCCUAAACGCCUCUCAGGACAGCAUGCCAGGAACCUCAGAGCAGUCUCACGUCCGCCAAAGCUGAGAGGGAGCGAACUUGGGAAGCAUUUUGCUCACUGUCCUACCCAAGUAUUAAAGCAUAAUAGUUGAUGCCAAAGGAGAUGGUAACGUCCCUUCUGUAGUAGCUGUCACAACCUUGACGUCUUUAAGCUAAUGGCCAUUUGCAUCUGUGUCUUCAAACAGAUCCUGUUAGAGCCAUUUUCUGUGGUUCACUUCUGGGGUGAAGUAAUGCAGCCUUCUGCAAACAAGUGUCGCUGUCCAAACGUACUGUACUGGCAUAGAGAGCACUGCUUUGUUUUCCACUGUUGUAGAGAAAACUAGGGAGAACUUUAUUUUUCAAUAAACUUUUCUUGUGUGACAGGUG